UGCUCGUUGUGUCGCCUAACCCAAGCAAGACAACGAGCAAGGACAAGGACAGGCGCUACUCAGACUGCUCCUUCUACGUCUACUUGUCCUGCUACAGUAGGAGACAGAGAAACGCACGUCAGCAUGGCACACACAGCACAGCAGCUCAUCACGCCCUUCCCCGUCAUCGACACAGACCCACACUUCUUCCGUGUCAUCCGCUAUACACGCGCCUCCGACUGGCUCUAUGCAGCAGGCCUCGCAGCAGGCUUCCCCGGCGCUAUGACUUUCUGGGAGAGACAAGAGCGUAGUACACCCAAAGCAUCCUGGCCAAGCGUCAUGCGCAUGUCCUGGUCCAUCGGCGCAGUUGGUGGGUUUCUACUCGCUUAUAGUCGCAGCAGUCAGCGAUUCUGGGGAUGGUCGGAGAAUGAACGGGAACAAGCGAAAGAUAUGGAGGAGAUGAAGGGUCGUGUAGCGGCUGGAUUGAAGCCGUAUGGCGACAGUGAACUCAGCCCAUACAUGCAAGGUGUUGCGGCGCGAAACUCGACCUUUUCGGGACUCUUUGUGGGCUUGAUGCCUUGGUUCAAUAUGGUCAAUCACGAGCACCACGGCGUCGAUGCGUCAAAGUACGGCGAAGUCAAGAAGUAGGCUUGAGCCUUCAUACUCAGGAGCGAAUCGACCUUUCAAAUGUCUUCUGGAUGAUACCUGUGAACAUUGAAGUACUUGAUUGACUGGCCUCUUUCUUGAUGCAAAACCUUCGUAUGAUUGUGAGAUGUAUAUUCACCUUGUUGCAUACUGGACAUACUUCUUGUCCAAGUCUUUCAUCAAACGCGAU